CGAAGAUACACGCAUUUCUUAUUUCUCCCGCGAAAACCCCCAAUAGUGAUCUGGUGCUUUUCGGCAGUACUUUCUUGUAUUUAAUAGUGGCGACGAGGAAAAUAUUGGUUACGGUGCAAUAGCAUCAAUUAAAGUGAUUUUUACACGAAUUACCGUCGGAGACACCAUUCGCUACCAACAUCGGUUAGGCAGCCUCGCGUUCCGGAAGAAAAAGGUGUAAUUAAAGUGCUAAUUGGUUGGCGUCAUAUCGGUGGUGGCAAGAGUUCUUUUGCCAGCCGAACUGCCAUUUGGGUUUUGGCGUGGUUUUUCCCGCAACAAAAGAAAACAAAAGCUAUAUAAAACAUUUUCAUUCUUCAGGAAUUGUGUGGAAUAUUACAGUUGUCCGAUAAGCUGUUAAGAGUGUUUCUUUUCUACUUCAAACAGAAAUUUUUCUUCAUUCUACACGGCGGAAGAAUUGUGCCGAAAAAAUUCAAUUCUAUUACGGGUGCGCUCCCUUCAUUGGACGCACUACGGACAGCGAGAGAAGUUGGACAGCAGCCAAACCAUUGUUGCUGCAGUUUUUGUUUCGCCCCGUCCGGAAGGUUAGAUUUUUGUUCGUGGCAUCAGGUACCAAGACGCAUCUGCUUGUUCAUCGCAUCGACAAUUUGGAAUGGACAGCAACCAAAGGACGGUAGACCAGCGUACCUGUGACUACUGCGGACAACAAGGACACGUGCGAAAAAGGUGCCGUGAACUAAAUCCUAGAAGGAGCGAUGAAGUUGAGCAUGUCGACAUGCAAGAAUCUUCUCUGGCUCCAGAUAACUUGUCCGAGCGUCUGGAUAAUUUAAAAGAAAUUAGUUGUGAAUUGGAUAACAAUGAGCCAAGUGAUUCCGUAUUGGAGUGUAUGGAUGUUUCUUCCAUCGAUAAUUUUAGUAGUUCUUGUUUGUUGAAUGUCUCUAUUGAGAAUAAUUUGACAAAAUUGGAGAUUGACAGUGGAUUUAGGACAGCUGCUCCAAAUUUCAACCAAACAUUAAGUAAGAGGUAUAAUAAAUUAUUUGAGAUAAAUAGUUCCAGGGUGACAAUUUCUGGUCAACAUGAUGUUACGGUUGAAUUGAAUAGGACAAAAGCAAUAUUUAAUCUGCUAGUGCUUGAUUGCUAUUAUCACUUUACUCCAUUACAGGGAAAAACGUGGUUGGAUGAAUUCUUUCCCAACUUUAGAAUUUUUUUUGGCGUUUCUUUGCCAGGAAAUAAUAUUCGCCCAAAACAACAUAAAGCACUUACUGCAAAUAUUAAGAUUAAAUGUGCUGAUGUAUUGGUCAGAAAUUCAUGUAAUUCUAUAGCUAAUUGUGAAGCAGAUGUGGUUUUAAAAAGUAAUUUACCAAUUUCAAAACAAGACAAUGACUUUCCUUAUGAUAUGAGGCAGAAUAAUUUUAAAAUUUUUGUAUUCAAUUUCAAAACUCCUAAUAUAUUUUCGUCACAAUCUUUAUUUGCGAGUUUUAUUUCGCAGUUGGUUUUGAAUGUGUCAGUUCCAAUACAAUGUGAUAAAUUUGUGAAAAGUAAUAUUAUAACUGAUGAUUCUUUGGUAAUUUCCAUAGAGACUAUAAAUGAUAUAUUUCAAAAAAACAGAAUUUAUUUUACACGCUAUUUGUGGCCUAAGAAAACUGACAAACAUGGUUUUAAAAUGUUUAGAACUAAACCAGAUCUCUAUGAUCUUGACGUGUGUUUAUUAUUCCAGGACGAAGUGAACAUUACGCAGAAAUUUCAAGGAGAAAUGAUUAAACUUGAACGUGUCAUUCACAAUGGCAUCAUUGAUAUGAUAAAAUCUGUAGAACAAGCGGUUCACUUGUUUGGUUUUGACACGAAUUUUGUUGCUGUUUGUGGCGUCUGUUCCAAUUUGGCAAUCAUUCCAAAACAUAAUAUUAAUUCAAAAUUUUCAAACAGUAUACCUACUAAGAAACCAUCGGUAGGAAAUGAUUUCUCUAAAAGGGUGGAGGUAAAGCGAAUGUUUAAAAUUGACAACUAUUUGGUAGUUAUAGCUAAAUUGGUUAUACAUUUUGCGAGUUUUUUAUUGGACAACGCCACAAUGUAUGACAAUGGUUUCUUACAUAAAAGUUGUAAGUUGUACUUGGAAAUCCAGAUUAGUUUACGUUUAAGCUUUAAUGAUACGACAAUGGUUGGAAAUUUUCCUUCUGAAAAAGUCUUCACUUAUACAUUUAAGGCGUUAAUAUAUUUACUCAAAACGAGAAAGUAUAAUAAGCAUAAAUAUGGAAAAUUGAUCGAAGCAUAUUUUCUAAAAAGUUUUUCUAUAAAUAUUUCACAGAUCAUGGUUGGAAACGAGGUGACAACCGCUCAUUCCACUCAGAUCAGAGUCUCCAAAGACGGACACGGAGUUAAGGGUCUGUCGAAGCGGGUAAUGCGAGUGGUCGAGACUGGUCGUCCGCUAUCGACUGUCAAGAUUCCCGAGAAUGGUCGACCGUUGCAGACUGCAGCUAAACGCAUGAUGGAACCCGAACUGAAUGAGAGCGAUAUCUGGCAAUUACCGGAUCAUAGCAACAGUAGCGCCUCGAAUCAAUACAAGUUAAUGAAGAAUAAGAAUAAGAAAAGAAAAUUCUCGUCAGAGCCGGUAGAGCUUUCUGGCCUACCUAGGCGUUCAAUAGGAUUUGAAAAAGCUAAAGCUGCAAGUGAAAUUUAUUGUUACUUUAUUAUUGAAUAUUUGUUCAUUCUGAACUUCUGUUCUUUCCUAAGGGGGAAGAGCUAUUGA